AUGGAGCUUAAACUUACAAUCUUUCUUGUUCUACUCCUAUCAACAACCAUUCUCCAAUCUUCAUCAGCGAACCCAAACCGGUUCAUCGAGUCAUCAUGCCAAACCACCCGAUAUCCAUUAGUAUGCGUGCAUACCCUUUCUGCUUACGCCACCAAGAUCCGCCACAACAACGACCAAGAUCUUGCCCAAACCGCUCUCACCGUCAGCUUGGCUCGAGCCAAAUCCGUUGCUAUCUUUGUUGCCAAACUAACCAAAGAAUCGCCAAGAUUCAAACGUAGAGAGUAUUUAGCAAUCAAAGAUUGCAUCGAAGUGUUAGGCAAUAGCGUGGACCGGUUAGCUCAAUCGGUUAAAGAACUGGGUCGAGCUGGCCAUGCCGUGGCUAGUGAGGACUUUAUGUGGAAGAUGAGUAACGUUCAGACAUGGGUCAGUGCUGCUUUGACGGACGAGACAACAUGUGUGGAUGGAUUCUCUGGUCGAGCCAUGGAAGGCAAAGUGAAGAGGAUGAUUCGGUUUAAAGUGGUUCACGUGGCUCAAGUCACUAGCAAUGCGCUUGCUUUGGUUAAUCAGUUUGCAGAGAAACGAAGUGUGAAGAUUCCCUAA